AUGACCAGCCAAUCAUCCGGCUCAAAAUGUCCUUCGGCAUGUAACUACUGCCGAGUCAAGAAGGCCAAAUGUAGUGGAACGAAACCAUGCCAUAACUGCCUGUCUCACCAAGAAGUCUGCUGGUAUCCGGUUCCGACCGCGCGGAAGCGUAAAGACACAGAUGGCAGUCUGCUGGGACAAUUUUCCCACUUUCAGCCAUAUACCUAUCCCAAUAAAGCAGCCCGGCCUCAGAAAAGCCCGCAACGAAAUUCAACUCUACAGCCCUCGGGGGCGAAAGCCCCCCCAAGACCCAUACGGCCCUUGGGGAACUCCAGAGAGGGUGUCGAAGCACCACAGCCACCAACCUCCGAAGACCAUGCUGUCCCUGCAGGUGCAAGCGUUUCACGCUCACAACAUAAUGAACAGCAGAUCAGUGUCCAAUCUGAGUCUUUUGAUAUGCGUCCCGAAGAAGUGACACAGUCGGUAUGGUGCCAAAGAAACCCCAGAUGUGGCCAAGAUGACGUGCUGAACGCCGAUGUUUGCUCUCCCGAGGACUCUCUGAAUACCGCUCCUGCAUUGAUAUCACCAUCUACACCUGCGGACCAGUUUUGUGGCGCUGAUGAAGGGAUUCUGUUAGAUGGGACAGCUUCGUACCUUCCGAUCUGUACUCAGCCCGCUCUAGACUGGGUUUCGCGCCACAUAGGUGUGCCGGAUUUUGCGUCUAUCGCCAAGCAGCUCACUCUGGAACUGAUGGGUCACGAUCGGGAGAGGGCGGUGCCAGCUGAGAGAGCUAUAGAGCCCGACUUCCAAACGGCAUGGGCAUGGGCAACGGCCUACUUUGAAACAAGUCAAGAUGUGGCUUUUGGCAUUAUCGAUCGCUCUGUCUUUGAACAACGCCUCCGUGAUCACUAUAGCACCCAAGGCUCGAGCGUCCGUUUCGACUCUGCUUGGUACGCCUUGCGGAAUACCGUAUAUGCCAUCGGUUGUCUCUCCGCACUUAGCAGAGGGCCUUACCCAUCAGCAUUUGUCGAAGCUCGUUCCCAAGCUUGGCGUUACUUUGAGAAUGCUCUUUCUGUACACACGGAACUGAUCUAUGCGCGAAGUGGGAUGGAUGCUGUUCAGGUGAUGAUCGCAAUGGCCUGUUUUUCGGAAGUCCUCGCAACACCGGCGCUUGAAUUUAUGCUUGUAUCAAAUGCGGUUCGCUUAGCGCAGUCGAAGGGAUUGCAUCUCAAAGCUAGAAAGUCCUGGAAGCUCAGCGAAAAAGAGAUUGCUUUCCGAAACACUCUAUGGUGGACUAUCUACAGCAUUGACAAGCACCUAUGCUUUCGGUCAGGCCGACCUAGUGCUAUCAAUGAUAAAGACAUCACCAUUCCAGCGCCCCUGGAUCGAGGUUCAGGAAACGACUGCGGUCAAAGCAUCGUCUCAAUACUGGCCAAACACUACCAGAUUACCAGUCAGGUGCAGGCUCGUCUGUCCUCUGCAGAAGUUGCUAGCAAGGGAUUGAAGGAGCUGCUGCCUGUAGUCAGGGACCUGGACAAACAACUUCGAGAGUGGCACGAUUCUUUACCGACGUGUUUCGUAGCCCAACCGCCCUACAGCUCGGUCUCCCUCCCACCUGGGGUGCACCGUUAUCAUCUUGGGUUUGUCACUUGCCUUUACAACAACACACUUAUCUCAAUUCACACUGUCAGCUGCUAUCCUUGGCAUCCACCAGGCUGUAGGAAUGCCCAUGACUCGGACAUACUGUAUCAAAGACAGGUGAGCACCGACAUACUGGCAUCGGCCUCGCGAGAAAUCAUUGUAGCUACUCAGAGCCUGAACCUUACCGCAGCAUGCGGGAUAUGCGUGACUCUAUACUUUCCACUCGUCGGUUUGAUCAAUUUAUUUCUACACGUAAUCCAACAUCCUAAUCUUCCGACUACAAAUUCCGACAUAUCUCUGAUGGAUACCAUUGUUGGCCAUUUUGGUUAUCUGGAAUACGCAAGUGGUUCCGAGCUUGGAGCCAACGUUCCCCGGAAAAUCGUGUCAUACGCAAGGGAGAUUGUCAAGCGUGGCGGAAGAACAUCCACGUCAUAUGGUUCACAGGAGGUCUCUACCAAUCUCAAUCGUGUCAAUAACUGUGAUACCUUUGAGGCAUCAUUGGAUUACUCUUUGCCAGAGUUUCUUGGACCCGAUAUGAACGAGUUAGGAUUUGAGGAGUGGUCGGUUUUCUUCUCGGAGUUGGUUGAUGCCUGA